AUGCAUCUUCUGAUACUAGGGGCUACAGGUCGAACAGGGCAAUAUGGCUACCAAUUCGCUCUGGAGCAGGGACACAACGUUACAGUCAUAGUCCGCAAUGCCAAAGCAAUCACCUUCACCCAUCCCAACUUGACCAUCUUCGAAGGCUCAGUGCUAUCAGAACAAGAUAUGGCCCACGCCUUCACAACUUCUGCCACUGCUCAAGGCCCAAUCGAUGCGAUCCUAGGCUUCUUGAACCCUUCACGAGCAUCUGAAUUUCCAUGGGCAAAGGUCAUUGCUCCACCACGGUUACUAGUCGACUCAACCGCUAUUGCGGCUCGUCUUCUCCAACAUCAGGCUCAUGAGUCUCCACGUCUGAUUAUAAUGAACGCACUAGGUUCAGGAGAAAGCCGAAAAGUCACGCCAUGGUUCUUCCGGGUUUUCAUUGAUUACAGUAAUUUGAGGUAUACAUAUGAUGACCAUGACGCUGUUGACGCUGAGAUUGAAGAAAAUUGUGGCAGCAAGGUCAAGUGGACGUUGGCACUGGCGGUGAGUUUGAUGGGCGCUGGAACAAAUCCAGUCAAGGCGACGUUGAAUACGGAGGCUCCAGCGAGUUUGUGGAUUACGAGGGAGAGCUGUGCGAGGUGGAUGGUGGAUGUUGCGACGGGGACGUAUGGGGAUGAAUUUACGGACAAAGCUCGUGGUUUAUUUGAAGCUAUGGGUGCCCUUAAAUACGUCGAGGAGCUUCAGAAGAAGAAGCAGUCCGAUAUCCUUCGCUUCUUGUUGCGUGUCCGAUGCUGGGAGCUCCGUCAACUUAAUGUGAUCCACCGUGCUUCCCGCCCUUCCCGCCCCGACAAGGCUCGUCGUCUCGGAUACAAGGCCAAGCAGGGAUACGUUAUCUACCGUGUCCGUGUUCGUCGUGGUGGCCGCAAGCGCCCUGCUCCCAAGGGUGCCACCUAUGGCAAGCCCACCAACCAGGGUAUCAACCAGCUCAAGUACCAGCGCUCUCUCAAGUCCACCGCUGAGGAGCGCGUUGGUCGCCAUGCCGCCAACUUGCGUGUCUUGAACUCCUACUGGAUCAACCAAGACUCCACCUACAAGUACUUCGAAGUCAUCUUGGUCGACCCCCAGCACAAGGCCAUCCGCCGCGAUCCCCGCAUCAACUGGAUUGUCAAGCCUGUCCACAAGCACCGCGAAUCUCGUGGUCUUACCGCCACCGGCAAGAAGUCCCGUGGUAUCAACAAGGGUCACGGCUACACCAAGACCAACGCCGGCCGAAGAAAGACCUGGUUGCGCCACAACACCCAGAGCUACUGGCGUUACCGCUAG